AUCAGAAACAUGGCCCAUUUAAGCAUGGCGUCAUCCAUCGAACCCUACCGCAAGGGUGUCUCUUUCGGUGAUUGGGUCGACAGAUUAGAAUUUUGUUUCGUUGCAAAUAAUGUUGACGAAAACCUGAAAAAGGCCCAUUUUAUUACAUUGGCCGGUCCUCUUGUUUAUGCAGAAUUGAAACUGCAAUACCCGGUAGAAAAUUUGAACAAUGUGUCGUAUAACGACAUGGUUAAAAAGUUGAAGAAUAGAUUUGACAAAAAGCCUUCUUGCUUAGUACAACGUUUGAAAUUCUCAAACAGGGUUCAGCAACCAGAUGAGUCGCUUGAGGACUAUGUGUUAUCCGUCAAACUGCAGGCGGAGUUCUGUUCCUUUGGUGAAUUUAAGAAUCAGGCAAUUCGCGACCGUAUUAUUUCGGGCAUUAGGGAUACUCGACUUCAAGAGAAAAUUCUGAAUGAAGAUGAAGAUUUAAACGUAGAAGCAACUGAAAAAAUCAUUAUGACUUGGGAAAUGGCGAAGUGCAACGCCAAAUCAUUGGGAAUAGAAAACAAAACAGAAUCUCUUGCUCCUUUGAAUGCAAUAAGACGCCCAAGAGGGUUAAUGUUGGAGAAACUGGGAGCUACACUGGAGGCAGCCAGGGUAGCAAAUCAACCAGGUUCUUCCAAAGUUCCCAUAAGGGACAGGUUAGGUUUCACGCCUUAUGCUCGGAAUAGUCCGCGUUACAGAGGGAACAAUCAAAACUCAAGAAUGACUGAAUGGAACAACGGCCUAGAUAAGGUAAAAAAAGACCAUUCUCAAUUAAUUUGUGAUUUUUGCGGAAAGAAAGGUCAUAUAAAGAAGAAAUGCUUUAGGUUGAAGAACUUACACCGCGACGCAGUAAAAUUUGUAGACUCAUGGAAUGAACCUGGACCCAGCACGGACCGGAGCCUCAGCGAGUUGUUCGACAGGAUGCGAGCUGACGACGUCGAAAGCGACAACAAUGAUGAUAAAGAUUACGAUUGGAAACGUGCCAACAAUGGCACACCGUACUCAGCUAAGAGUUCCUGAUUCCGGCCAGAGAAGACCAAACGUGAUCUCAAGAUACAGACCGGCCAAAGGGACGGAGUGUGUAGAGACAAACACGAACAGUGAGGAUGAAGAAGGAUUCAAAGGAUUUAGUGAGCUCGAAUUGGAGAGGAGAGGAACGAAGAGGAAAUUGCAGACAUUAAUACUGCCGACGGAACG